CCAAGGUGGCAAAAGCUCACCAAAACCCAUUUCGGAUUUUUAUCAAAAGCAAAACGCAGACGCCAUCAAGAUUACAAAAUGGAGUCUCUAUCCCAAACCCUAAACCAAGUCUUGGACCCUCCCACGGCUCUCAUCCUAGUCGUCUCUGUGAUCAUUUUCCUCGGCCUCGUCUCCCGGCGGCGGAGACGGCCGUUCCCUCCCGGCCCGAGAGGGUUACCCAUCAUCGGUAACAUGUCCAUGAUGGACCAACUCACGCACCGUGGCUUAGCCAAAUUGAGCCAAAAAUACGGUGGUUUGUUCCAUCUCCGGAUAGGUUUCCUCCACAUGUUCGCGGUCUCGUCCCCCGACGUGGCCCGACAAGUCCUCCAAGUCCAAGACAACAUAUUCUCGAACCGGCCUGCGACCGUCGCUAUAUCGUACUUAACGUACGACCGAGCCGACAUGGCCUUCGCUCACUACGGACCCUUUUGGCGACAGAUGAGGAAAGUCUGUGUAAUGAAGGUUUUUAGCCGCAAAAGGGCUGAAUCAUGGGCCUCUGUUCGAGACGAAGUGGACAAGAUGGUCCGGAGCGUCAUGGCCAACGUCGGUAAGCCCGUGAACGUUGGAGAACUUAUCUUUGCCUUGACGAGGAACAUAACGUACCGAGCCGCGUUUGGCUCGGCUUGCGAAGAAGGACAAGACGAGUUCAUUAGGAUCUUGCAAGAGUUCUCCAAGCUCUUUGGAGCGUUUAAUAUCGCAGAUUUUAUACCGUAUCUUGGUUGGAUCGAUCCUCAAGGACUAAACAGGCGUCUAGUUAAUGCCCGUAAAGCCCUAGAUGGAUUCAUAGAUGACAUCAUCGAUGAACACAUGAAGAAGAGGGAGAGGGAAAAGCAAAAUAUCGCUGAUCAAGAUGGAGAUACGGAUAUGGUCGAUGAUUUGCUCGCGUUUUAUAGCGAAGAGGCUCAGCCGAACGAGUCGGAUGAUACUCAGAACUCGAUCAAGCUCACUCGUGACAACAUCAAAGCCAUCAUCAUGGACGUGAUGUUCGGAGGAACAGAGACGGUGGCGUCGGCGAUAGAGUGGGCCCUGACGGAGCUUAUCCGAAGCCCAGAAGACCUGAAAAGGGCCCAACAAGAGCUCGCCGAAGUCGUGGGCUUUGACCGGCGCGUGGAGGAGACGCACAUGGAGAAGCUCACCUUCCUCAAGUGUUGCCUCAAAGAAACCCUGAGGCUUCACCCUCCGAUCCCUCUCCUCCUCCACGAGACGGCCGAGGACGCCGAGAUCGACGGUUUCUUCAUCCCGAAGCGGUCACGGGUCAUGAUCAACGCCUUCGCCAUCGGCCGCGACCCGAAUUCAUGGUCCGACCCGGAGAGAUUCGACCCGUCGAGGUUCCUGAAGCCUGGCGUGCCCGAUUUCAAGGGGAGCAAUUUCGAGUUCAUACCGUUCGGGUCGGGUCGGAGAUCGUGCCCGGGUAUGCAGCUCGGGUUGUACGCUCUCGAUUUGGCGGUGGCUCAUCUCCUCCACUGCUUCACCUGGGAAUUGCCGGACGGCAUGAAGCCCAGCGAGCUCGACAUGAGCGACGUCUUCGGCCUCACCGCCCCCAGAGCCACGCGCCUCGUCGCCGUGCCAGCCACGCGACUCAUCGGCUCCGUUUACUAAAGGACUCUCGGUCUGCGCCACGUGGCGACGGAGGACGGGAUUAGAAUGUGAAAAAGACGAAAAACGCCCUGGGGUGCACAAGUGGAAAGUCGGCUCCCCCGUCUCUUUUAAUUUUUAUCCUCAUUUCAUAUUUUUUUUUUUUAACCUUUUAUGGGAUUUCGUUUACUUUUUUUUUCUCGGAAAAUAAAAGUAAAACUUUCUCGAACUUGCAUCUGCUUAAAAAGGGAACUUGUAAGUUGUAAAUGUCUCUCUGGCUGUCGUUCUAUUUUUUACUUGUGGACUUGUUGUUUCAUAAUGAUAAUAAUAAUAACAAUCACCCACGUCAUUUUUCA